AUGGCUUACAGAAUAAAACAAUUUGCCAUUCUUGCAAUUGUGUUAACAACAACUUUACUUUCUUCCCAAUUAAUUCCAACCGUAUUUUGCACAGACAUUCCAUCGGAAAAAGCAAAACUUGAUGAUUGGAUUGGCAAAAGCAUCAAAGACUAUAAUCAUAGGAAGACUAAAUUGAAUCAUACGAAAUCUCCCUUAUAUGACAUUUUGGCUGCUGCAGAGGCUCAUGUUAAGGUAAUAACUGUUAAGAAAGAUGGUAGCGGAGAUUUCAAGACGGUGACUGAUGCAAUAAAGAGCGUACCUGCGGGGAAUUCACAGAGGGUGGUGAUUAAGAUCGGUGGAGGGGAGUAUCGAGAGAAGAUCAUCAUUGACAGAUCAAAGAAGUUUAUAACACUUUAUGGGGACCCAAAUGAGUUGACAAAGAUUGUUUAUGAUGGGACGGCAACAAAGUAUGGUACAUUUAAUAGCGCUACGGUGAUUGUAGAAAGUCAUUACUUUGUGGCUGUUAACAUUGCAUUUGUGAAUUCAUCCCCGAUGCCAGAUAGUAGAAGAACGGAUGCACAGGCAGUUGCCUUGAGAAUAUCAGGAGAUAAGGCAGCAUUUCAUAAUUGCAAGUUUGCAGGUUUUCAAGACACAUUGUGUGAUGAUAAAGGAAGACAUUUCUUUAGAGAUUGUUAUAUUGAAGGCACAGUUGACUUCAUUUUUGGAAAUGGCCAAUCCCUAUAUUUGAACACCACCAUAAAAUCGGUUGCAAAAGGCUUGGGAGUGAUCACUGCAAAUGGAAGGGAAAAAGCAACUGAGAAAAGUGGUUUUACAUUUGUUCAUUGUACCAUAGUUGGCACUGGUGACAUUUAUCUUGGACGUGCAUGGAAGGAGAGUCCUAGAGUGAUCUUUGCUUAUACAUAUAUGGGCACUCUCAUCAAUAGUGAAGGAUGGUCAAAUAGCAUGAUUGGCGAAAAAGAUAACAAAGCUGUGUAUUACGGCGAGUACAAGUGCAAGGGACCAGGGGCUAGUGCUUCUGGUAGAGCCAAAUUUGCCAGGAUACUAUCAGAUGAAGAAGCUGAACCUUUUCUGAGCAUGACUUACUUAAAUGGAAACAAGUGGAUUCUACCACCUCCUACUGUAUGA